GAACUGUGACGAAUCUAACGGUAACCUCAGUCCUCUUUGGUUCGCAUCACAAAGUGGGACGGCAGGGACUUUAAUUACAGGAACAGCGCGGACGACCUUAAAGAAAAGCGCGAGGCGGCGGGAGGGUCGCACAGUGGCUCAGGGGCUGUUCAAGCUUCUUAUUUUGUGAGACGGAGGAAAAACUUUCUCAUCACUACGUGCAGGAAACGAGUUGAGCCAGCCCCUCUGUAGACGCAGAUCAAGAAAAAAAGAGGAAGACAGUAAAAAGAACUUAUUGUACUUUCCGCAGUGAAAACUGCUUACCGUCCGAGCCGAACUCUGGGGAAUUCCUCUUCGGCUCCCGAGCACCUGGAAUGUGCCUCCGGUAGAUAACGACAAGGACAAGAACCUGAAACUAUGCAGGGCGGCAUCUUUCAAGUCUGUUUUUUUGUCACAGCAGCGAUUCUCAAUCGUCCUUUCUUGUUCCCGAAGGAAAAUGCCACCAUUCCUGAACGGGAUGAAGAAAUCAUCACCCGGAUGAAAGAGCAUGAAAAGGCAUAUGAAAUGGAGAGAGCUCGGCUUGAGCAAGAAGCAGCCAAAAUGAAUCAAGCCGAGGAAAAGCCAGUGGUGGAGGAGUUUAACCAAAGCUGGGAUUUCUGGAGUGCUGUGUCCUUAGUUAUAUUUUUAAUGAUUGAGAUAUGGAGACAAGACUUCCAGGAUGGCAACAACCAAGAUUCAAGUUCUGAAGAAGAGGACUAUCUUUCUUUUGGAAAUGUUGCCAAAAAAAUGAUCCUUCCAGACAAAGGUGUACUGGCCAGCUUUCAUGACAGCUGCAUUGGUGUCUCUGGAACAGACUUCUGGAGAAUGCGGGAGUUUGUUGAAAGCUUUGCUGACGAUCUUUUAGAAGCUUUGAGGAGUACCUGUAACAGGGAUGCAGACAUGGAGGUUGAGGACUGCAUUGGUAUUGGAAGCAUGUAUGAAAACUGGAAAGUGGGCAAGCCAGUGCUUUGUGACUUGAUUGUACCUUUUACUCCACCCGAGCCAUAUCGCUUUACUUUUGAGCACUGGUGCAGCCCUGGAAAUGACGUUCCACCCACCUGGCAAGGAUGCGGUAGAAUCAAAAUCGUAAACGCAAAUGAGGAUAAGCUCGAUUGUCUCUGUGGCAGGACCAAUCUUGGAGAGGACAUGCUGUGUUUACUGCAUAGUAAAGCCGAGAAGGUCAAAACCAAAAAUGCCAUGGAUGGCCUACUCUGCUCAAAGAAUACCACUUACUUGGCCAAAGAUCAAGUUAUGAAAUGGUUUCAAAUUUCUAUAACUAAAGCUUGGAACCAAAUUUCCCACAAACAUAAAUUUGACCUGACAUUCCACAGUUUGGAUUCACCUGGAGCUAUAAAAGUCAAAUUUCAGUCAGGUAAGGUCAUUGUGUUUAAUAUCACACCAGUAGUCCAGUAUGAAGACACCGAUGCCUAUUUGUUGUCUCAUUUUGAGAGUUCUAACAACAACCUUUCAGAUAUUUAUUGGCCAAUGACUUUUGCUGUCUACGAAAAGAACUUGUUUAAAUUCUUUGCGAAGAAUCUUCCCAGCAAUUCAUGUCACCUCAGCUGCCUUCAGAUUGUUGCUUUCCUGCACAAGAAACAAUGCAGCCUUACAGGAAAGAGUGGCCUCACAAGCUACCACCUUAAGACCACAUUGCUGCAUCUGCUUCUAAGCAAAAUGCCUUCAGAGUGGCAUUCUGAUCAACUGCAGAAGAGACUGCGAGACAUUCUCGUGUUUCUCGAGAAGAGUCUUCAGGAGAAAAAGCUGUAUCACGUUUUAAUUGGAAACCACAAAGUUCCAAAGUGGUUGAACAUCCCAAUGGUAUUUCGAGAGGCAGAGCCACUUAAUCUGUUGAGGCCCCUUCUACUGAAGGGAGAUCUUUACGUCAAGACAGUGGAGACUUUCCAGGAGAUGCUGAGGAAUGCUCCUGUCUUGAUACAAGAGUACAUGCCACAUUUUCCAAAUGGGAUUAUCCAUCUUCAGUGAAUGCUGCUUUUUUAAUGCCUCUGUUUGUAAAAGAACAGCCUCUAGGUAUAAAUGUCUUGGUUUACAGUACAAGAUGAUACAGCCGACUUGCACUUUUUUGAUUGCUUUAUGUAACUUUGUUUUUUUUUUUUAUAAGUAGUUGUUUCACACGUAUUUCUUAGCCAAAGUGUUGCUUAUUUGCUCACGAUGAGCAGUUUUGAAAUUGGUCAGAAUGCAUUUCCUUUUAUAGCUCCCAUUGGUGAUGAACGCUGACCAUCCAGCAAGCUUGUAGAGUAUUCAUCUUUUUUUUAUCAGUAAUGCUCUUAAAGAUCACUGCCUUAUUCUAUAAAAACGUACGAAUGUCGCUCUGAAAGGAAAUCCACUUUUAACCCUUAGCAGAGCCCUUUCUACCACAGUCAUAACCAAAACGCUAUCAUAAUUACCAGAUGUAUUGUCGGGUACUUAGUUCAUUAUAAGAAAUUCAUUUGUAGUAUAGCAGGUAACCUGAUGACUUAUCCACAGCUUUUUAGCUUGGAGUCUGGGAUGUUAUACUAUUUUUAUUCUGUUACAUGCUUUUUGUGUAUUUUCAAACUCAGGGGUACUUAGUUGUUUUAAAAUGAGUCACUUGAUGAGAAAAAUGAGACGUCAUGUUGUUCCAGAACCAUUACCAGAACUCAAGAUAUUUUGCAUGGCUCUCAAUCUGCCAGACUGACCGUCAUUCAGUUUUUUUUUUGUAAAGUAAAGGAGCUAUAUAAAUGAAAUUAUUAUUGUUAUUAUUAUAAAAUUUAGGGUUUCAUAAUCCUAGGCUCAUGUGCUCUCAUGUCCUACCACAUCUCUGUGAGGUCAGUUUAACCGCAGCCUCUAAAUUGACUGUGCUUCUGGAGUUUUAGAUCACAGUUCAUCAUUGUGAAGAGUCUUUUGAACCUAUCACUUAUUAUCGAUAGGAGACGGACAGGACUGACAACACCUGAACCUGGAGUUAAGGAGGAAACCAGGAUGGAAACCUUGAGUAUCGGAAAUUUUAUUUGAUCAUUUGAUGAAGGCGAUUCAUUGUUUUGUUUUGUAUCUGACUGAUGCAGAGGUGAGGUGAGGUGAGGUUAGGAGCAGGCGCAUUGCUGCAGCCACCACAUGACAAACCAACUCAGGAUCCCAGAUUAGGACCCGAGUGCAGCCAGGUGACGGGUGACACCUCAGCACCACACCAGUUCAGAUGGAAUGGAACCAGUGUGAGUUUUUUUCUGGUGGCUGGAGUGCCAAUUCUGCCACCAACCCCCAGAUUUUUUCCCUGCAGGUCGGAGGGCCUACAUGCAGGGCUGGAUGCAGGUUAACGUCAUACCCAGGAUGGAGAGAUUGCAGGUUAAGGGCCUUGCUCAAGGGACACAUGAAGUACAGUCACUUUUGGCAUUUAUGGGAUUUGAACUGGCAGCCUUCUGAAUGCCAAUGCAAAUCCCUAGCCUGAGAGCCAGAGGCAAAUAAAAAAACUUUAAUAGGCCCCUUAGCCAACCUGUUGUGCAAUUCAGUAUUUAGGUGAUUGUCACUCAUGUCUGCUGUGGCUCCUUUGAAACAUUCUGGUAGAUGUUUCUUCACUUUGAUCUAGUAAGGAUUCAUUGAUCCACACAGUCAUGCAGAGAGCUAAGGGUGAGCACAAGCAGUACGAUGUUUCCCUUUUUGACUGAAUUGAUGAGGUCUCCAUUAUUCCUUACAUAUUGAGUCUCAUCUCAUUGUUCUUACAUAACA